UUGUGGAACUUAGAGAUAUCAAAUGCGACAAUUGAUAUUGCUGCACUGAAUAAUCCAGAUCUCAGUAAGAUAAACGAGUUGGCUUUGUUUGAUGUUGGACUGAAAGAGAUGCCAUGCCUAUAUAACCUCAAAAGUAUUAAGUAUCUCUGCCUGAAUAAUAAUCAAAUUGGCCAUGUCAAUCUUCAAAGCUACUUUGAUGCUGAGACAAGCGACGGUACUAUGCCAAAAUUGGAGUAUCUAGACCUGUGUGGGAAUCACAUAUCAAAGAUUGAUGCAAGAAUUAAAGAAGUUUGCUCAAAUAAAUCCGCGGAAAUAGGUCUGGAUAGGGUAGGGUUGUGUUCUAUACAUGGUAAUAUGAAGGAUAAACUGGAUAAAGUAGGUAUAGAGCUUGUUGAACCAGAUGAGAAGAAUGAUUCGGAUGUCAAGAACUGGUUAAAUUAA